AUGUCGCAAGUAGAAAGAUACCGAGGACAGACUCCGGCACUGGUCGACGAGUUGAAAGCGGAGAAUGCGACGCUGGUCAUCGAAAUCUACAAUGAAACACUUCGAGACUUACUGAACUUCAAGCGUGGGCCUCUGCGUGAUGAUGAGAAACCCGCAAUUCACUUUUCGAAGAGCUUCAACAAGGGCAACGCGGGAAGAAAGACUAGCGCGACUGACUGGAAUGAGCGAUCUUCCAGGUCACAUAGCGUGUUUUCCAUUGUCAUCGAAUCUCGCCCACGAGAUGGGAACGGAGAUGAUGACAUUCGGCUUUCUAAGCUGAGCCUCAUCGAUCUUGCUGGUUCGGAGAAAGCUGAUGUAACCCCGAAUGGUUCGGUUUCGCCUCAUCGUUGA